ACUGUGAAUAAACAAACACAACUGUUCUGUGCGAAGCGAGUGACGCGUACAGUUUGAGAAGGUGAAAGCAGUUUCAAUGUCAGUGCCGUAUCAUCACGAGAGACCAAACUCAAAUACACGCAUGUCUCAAUACCACGCUUCAGGCUCAUGAUAGAACGCCGGCGCCUGUAAGGCGCUGACAUAAUUCAUGUAACGAUGGACAGGAUUUUGCGAGGUAUAAUGAAGUACAGAGCGACUGACAGGAAAACAAUGGUAGAACAGUUUCAGAGAGUCAGGGAUAAUCCAGAGCCCAAAGCAGUAUUUUUUACUUGCAUGGACAGCCGAAUGAUUCCAACGCGCUUCACCGAGACAAAUAUCGGCGACAUGUUUGUUGUCCGGAAUGCUGGUAAUGUGAUACCAAAUUCACAGAAUUUUCCAGAGGAAGUUACAACUACUGAACCAGCAGCAUUGGAACUUGGUUGUGUUAUAAAUGACAUCAGACAUGUUAUAGUAUGUGGUCACUCAGAUUGCAAGGCAAUGAAUUUGCUGCAUCGUCUGAAGUGUGAAGAAUUCUCAUCAAGGGAUAAUAGGCUUAUAUCACCUCUUCGUGGAUGGCUUAUUGCCCAUGCCAAUGCAUCACUUAAGAAAUUUGAAAAGUUGGAGACUGGAGGAUUUCACCAACCAUUGUUAUUUCAAGCUGAGACUCCCAUGCGCAAAUUUGUGGCAUAUAUUGACCCUGAUAACAAAUUCAAUAUUGAAGACAAGCUGUCACAGGUCAAUUGUCUCCAGCAACUACAGAACAUCGCAAGUUACGGGUUCCUCAAGAAACGUUUGGAAACACAUCAGUUGCACAUACAUGCACUGUGGUUUGAUAUAUACACAGGUGACAUCUAUUAUUUUAGUCGGCAAAACAAACGUUUUGUGGAAAUAAAUGAGCAUACUGUCAUGGGACUAAUAAAAGAAGUGAAUAGGUACUACUCGUAAUGGCCAUCGUACUAUACUUCAGUGAGAGUUUAUCUUCGUGAAAUUGCUGUGUAUAACAUUAUACAAUGACUGCACAUUGUUAAACAGAUUUACUUGGUGUUAGGGUAACAUCUGAUGUGUGUAAAAGGAUCUGGGAAAGAUUUCUCAAAACACGUACAUUAUUGUCUAAUUCUUGGACGAGAAUGAACAUUGUAUGUGAUACCAUCAUUUUGGAGAUACUAAUAUAAUUACAUGUCAUCUUCUAUAUGAUAUUUAAGUAAAAACUGAUUGCUGUACUUGUAAAACAGUAAAAGUGUACUUAGGGUACCUGGUUCUUCCACUGUGUGCCACAGUUGAUAAGAAAUUGUGUGAUGGAUGAAGAGGUUCAAAUGGCUCUGAGCACUAUGGGACUCAACUUCUGAGGUCAUCAGUCCCCUAGAACUUAGAACUACUAAAACCUAACUAACCUAAAGACAUCACACACAUUCAUGCCCGAGGCAGGAUUCGAACCUGCGACCGUAGCGGUCGCGCAGUUCCGGACUGUAGCACCUAGAACUGCUCGGCCACUCCGGCCGGCUGGAUGAUGAUGAGUAACUGACAGAUGAUUGUGAGUUGGUUGCCGGUAGCAUGUCAGAAUGCCCAUUCUUAAUUUCUUAGGGUUUGUAAAUGUAAUGAGUUGGUAUUGUGUUCUGUUAGGAUGUAGAUGCAAGUGCUACUCUGAGAUGAAGAGUUUGGCACAGAAGAGGAAUUUAUGGCUGGUGGCAUUAAACUGGUCAGAAGACUGAUGACUCAAAAAGUUAACUUUAACCACAUCAUUAGAAUUUUCAGCAAAACUUGGAACUAAGACACACAUGUAGGUUAUUGCAAUGGUGGGCUUAUAUUUUGGGCUACACUUCUCAUUAAUCUGUUGUGACAGUUAUGUUUCUUCUGUUGAGAUUUAUUGGCUUCACCAACUCACAACAACAUUCCUGCCCAACCUAUACCUGGCAUUGUGCCACAGAUCAAUUUGUCAGCAUAUUCAAUGUUCUGCCCACUCUCCAUAUCAAAAACAAAUGUAGUCAAUUUGCAUCUUCUGCUGAAAGAAAAAACUAGAUUCAGUGACUCUGUCUAUCUUAUACUGUCCCCCAGUUGGCUGCCACUGACAGGAACACAUUGCCAAUAGCAGCAUGCAGUGGAAGAGCCUUCUACACUGGAAGUGCAUUUUAGCCACAAAAUCUUUUGUGGGCGCUGUACACUGAGUUUACAGUAUAUGUUAUGUAAAUAGUACUUUGUUACAUAUGGAACAUAGUAAAUCAACUUCCAAUUCUGAUUAUGUGCAUUAAUAAGACUUGGUACUGACAUUUUAACUGAAGUUUCAAUAUUGAAUAAGAAAUUUUGUAACAAAAAUAGAAAGUAUUACAUAAGAAAUUUUGUAACAAAAGUAGUCAUGAAUAAAUCUGAAAGCAUAUAA